CCAAAUAACAAUUUUACCUUACUAUUAUCUUACCUCAAUUUGUUGCCCCCAAAAAACAACAGAAACAACAAAAGAUGAAGAAGUUAAGUGGCUUAGCUCUAUUUCUGGCUUUCUUCCUACAGUUGCUUAGAAUCUCAAAGGGAAUCUCAAAUUCUCAGCUUCUUCAGCAAAUCAGUUCACAGAACAACAAAUACUUAACCAAAGAAGAACACUGGUUCAAUCAGACUCUUGAUCACUUUUCUCCUUACGAUCAUCGUACAUUUGGACAGAGGUACUAUGAGUUUCUUGACUAUUUCCGAAUUCCUGAUGGACCCAUAUUUUUGAAAAUUUGUGGAGAAUCUGCUUGCAACGGGAUACCGAAUGAUUACCUCAGUGUUUUGGCGAAGAAGUUUGGAGCUGCUGUCGUUACUCUUGAGCAUCGCUAUUAUGGGAAGAGUUCACCCUUCAAAUCCUUGACAACUGGGAAUCUGAAAUAUCUGUCAUCAAAACAGGCACUUUUUGACUUGGCAGCUUUCAGGAAUUUCUAUCAGGAGUCCCUGAACGUGAAGCUCAACAGAUCCAAUGUUGAAAACCCGUGGUUUUUCUUUGGUAUUUCAUACUCAGGAGCCCUUAGUGCAUGGUUUCGCCUGAAGUUUCCUCACCUGACUUGUGGAAGCCUUGCAAGCUCUGCUGUAGUUCAAGCAGUUUACAGCUUCUCAGAUUUUGACAAGCAGGUUGGCGAAUCUGCUGGUCCAGAAUGUAAAGCAGUAUUGCAAGAAAUUACUCAACUAGUAGAAACAAGGCUUGCGUCAAAUCGCAAGGACCUUAAAGCGUUGUUUGGUGCUGAUGAGCUGAGGAUUGAUGGCGACUUCCUGUACUUUCUUGCAGAUGCUGCAGUUACAGCGUUUCAAUAUGGAAGUCCAGACAAACUAUGCAGCCCACUACUUGAAGCAAAGAAGUCUGGGGAAGAUUUAGUGAAUGCAUAUGCCACUUAUGUAAAGGAGUAUUACAUUAAGACUUUGGGGGUCAGCGUCAAAACAUACAAUCAGGAAAAUCUGAAGAACACUGCUGUAAAUGGUGAUACUUCUGAUCGCUUGUGGUGGUUCCAGGUCUGCACAGAAGUUGCAUAUUUUCAGGUUGCACCCUCGAAUGAUAGUAUUCGCUCUACUAAAGUUGAUACCAGAUACCAUUUGGACCUUUGCAGGAAUGUCUUUGGCACCGGUAUAUAUCCUGAAGUUGAUGCAACUAACUUGUACUAUGGAGGAACCAAAAUUGCUGGGUCAAAGAUUAUCUUCACCAAUGGAUCACAGGACCCCUGGCGCCAUGCGUCCAAACAGACUUCUUCCCCUGAGAUGCCUUCUUACAUAGUCUCUUGCCAUAACUGUGGCCAUGGAACUGACUUGCGGGGCUGCCCCCAGUCUCCUUUAGUCCCUGAAGGUGACGCCAAAAACUGCACUUCUCCUGAUGCAGUUCGGAAAGUAAGGGAAAAGAUUGUUGAAUAUAUAGAUUUGUGGCUGUCCCAGUGCCAGGUUUCAGGUAGGAGUUGGAUGUGAAAGCAUCAUCUCACUGCUAUACACAUAGAAGUAUACUUUAUGUCCUUUAACUAACCACUAAAUUAUGUAUCUCGUCGUGGACAGAUGUAUAGUUGCCCAUCCAUGAACGAUGUCAUCUGUAUGAAUUGAUCUCGUGUACUAUGGCUUGCUAAUAAACAUGUAGAAUUAUUUUUCUUAA